AUAUUAUCGUGACCCCCAUUUCUCUUUUUUUUCCCCCUUCCAACACCAUCUUCACACCACAACUCUCACAAUGUCUCUCGCUCCUCCAUCGUACUCUCCUCUUCAGGAGCGCCCUCUCAAGGACACCAUCUGCCUCUUUGAUGUCGACGGCACCCUCACCCCCGCGCGUCUGGAUGCUUCCCCCGAGAUUCUUGCCGUCCUCCAGAGACUUCGCUCAAAGUGCGCCGUCGGUUUCGUCGGCGGUUCCGACUUCGCCAAGCAACAGGAGCAGCUGGGCAAGCCCGCUGGCCAGCCCGUCACCGCUCUCUUCGACUUUUGCUUCUCCGAGAACGGCCUCACUGCCUUCAAGCUCGGCGAGCCGCUCGACUCAAACACCUUCAUCAAGUUCAUUGGUGAGGAGCAAUACAAGGAGCUCGCCAACUUUGUCCUCCACUACAUCGCCGAUCUCGACAUUCCUGUCAAGCGUGGAACCUUUAUCGAGUUCCGCAACGGCAUGAUCAACAUCAGCCCCGUCGGCCGUAACGCCAGCACACAAGAACGAAACGACUUCGAGAAGUACGACAAGGACGCCAAGGUCCGCGAGAAGUUUGUCGCUGUCCUUAAGGAGCGAUUCGGUCAUCUCGGCCUCACUUUCUCCAUUGGUGGACAAAUUUCCUUUGACGUCUUCCCUACUGGCUGGGACAAGACCUACUGCCUCAAGCACCUCGAGAACGAGGCCAAGAAGCCCGAUGGCAUUGCCUACAAGAACAUUCACUUCUUCGGUGACAAGACUUUUGAGGGCGGCAACGACUACGAGAUCUACACCGAUUCCAGGACUAUCGGCCAUUCUGUUACCAGCCCCGAGGAUACCAUGCGCAUCCUUAAGGAGCUCUUCGAUGUCUAAACGUGCAAUCUAGUGUUGGGAGCACGAACUAAAAGCAUAUACGCACUUGCAAUAGAAAUGAGACCAAGAAAGAAACAAGUUGUCACCUUUGAUUUUACAAUAGGCGAGGUUUUAUUGAUAAGGCUGAAAUGCUAGGCAAAAAUCAUAAUGAAAAAGGUAUCUUUGAUG